GCUGGAGUUUCCAGAUGGGAUCAGCAUACCAGUUCCACAGCUGGCGAGUCUUUGUCCUUGUCUGUGCCUUUCCCUCCGUCUUUGCGAUUGUGGCCCUCAACUUUAUGCCUGAAAGUCCUCGCUUCUACCUAGAGAACGGGAAACACGAUGAAGGCUGGAUGAUUCUUAAACAGGUUCAUGACACCAACAUGAGGGCCAAAGGUUUCCCGGAGAGGGUCUUCUCUGUAACUCACAUUAAAACCCCCAAACAGAUGGACGAGCUGAUCGAAAUCCAGUCAGAUACAGGCACCUGGUACCGACGCUGGCUAGUCCGCUUCACCAAUAUCUUUCAGCAGGUUCGGAACAACUUCCUGCAGUGUUUCUCCAUGCAGUACCGUCGCACAACAUUGCUCAUGAUGGCAGUCUGGUUCACGAUGGCCUUCAGUUACUACGGGCUGACUGUGUGGUUCCCGGAUAUGAUCAAAUAUUUGCAGAUGAUGGAGUAUUCCUCGCGCACUAAAGUCUUCUACAAGGAGAAGGUUGAACAUUUCACCUUCAACUUCACACUGGAAAAUCAAAUUCACAAGAAUGGGGAUUACUACAAUGACAAGUUUAUUGGGAUGAAGCUGAAAUCAGUGAUAUUUGAAGAUUCUCUUUUUGAAGAAUGUUAUUUUGAAGACAUUACCUCCAGUAAUAGUUUCUUCAAGAACUGCACCUUUAUCUCAACACUCUUCUACAAUACAGAUUUCUUUGACUAUAAGUUGAUGGGCUGCCGUCUGGUAAACAGCACCUUCCUACACAGUAAGGAAGGCUGUCAGCUUGACUUCAGUGAUGAUAACAACGCCUACAUGAUCUACUUCGUUAGCUUCCUGGGAUCUCUGGCUGUGCUGCCUGGAAACAUUGUGUCUGCCCUACUCCUGGACAAGAUUGGACGACUUAGGAUGCUGGCCGGCUCCAGCACGCUCUCCUGUAUCAGCUGCUUCUUUGUGUCUUUCGGUAACAAUGAGUCUGCGAUGAUUGCACUGCUCUGUCUAUUCGGGGGAGUAAGCAUCGCUUCGUGGAAUGCACUAGACGUCAUAACGGUGGAACUGUAUCCAUCAGACAAACGGACCACGGCCUUUGGAUUCCUCAAUGCUCUGUGUAAGCUUGCGGCUGUGCUGGGCAUCAGUAUAUUCCAGUCCUUUGUGGGAGUGACGCGAGCAGUGCCCAUCAUGCUGGCCUCCAUCGCCCUGGCAGUGGGCAGCUACCUGGCUCUAAAACUCCCAGAGACUCGCGGCCAGGUGCUGCAGUGA